AUGCGGUCCACCAAUUCCUUCACCGUGAUCCUGUUCGUGCUUGCUUCUUUUUCAGCAGCACAUUUAGGGCUCAACAAGAGAUUUACUACACCAACCGUCGGCGAAUUUGAGCACGCCGCUACCAAGUCAUCUCUCGAAUAUGUUACCAACUCCGGAAUCUGCGAAACUACACCCGGAGUGAACCAGUACUCCGGCUAUCACAAUUAUGAUCGGAAUACGAGCAUGUGGUUUUGGUUCUUCGAGGCCCGCAAUAAGCCCAGAGAAGCUCCCCUAGCUCUCUACCUCAAUGGUGGUCCCGGGUGCUCUUCCGAGAUUGGGAUUUUUCAGGAAAACGGGCCUUGCCAUUUUAUUGGCAAUAAUACCGAGCCGACGCUUAACCCUUACUCGUGGAACGAAUAUGCCAACAUGAUAUAUAUCGAUCAGCCAUUUGGUACGGGUUCCAGCGAGGGCACCGGUAUCAAUACGACUGUCGCUGCAGCGCCUCAUGUCUGGACCUUUAUGCAAGCCUUCUUGGAAAAUUUCCCGAAAUAUGCGUCUCGGGACUUUGGCCUCUUCACCGAGUCUUAUGGCGGCCACUAUGGUCCAGAAUUUGCGGAUUAUUUCCUCAGACAAAAUGACAAAAUCCAAGAAGGGCUUAUAUCCGGCCACCAGAUCAACUUGAUCGCCUUAGGUAUCAACAAUCCUUGGAUCGACCCUACUGCUCAGUUCAAGGCUUACGCUACAUACGCCCAUGAAAACCCUUACAAGCAGCUCAUCAAUGAGAGCCUUUACGAGCACUUCCUCAACUUAUAUGAGGAGAGGUGCGUCCCUCUACUGAACAAAUGCACAGAAACAACAGGACAAAUGGAGGCUUGUGCCAAUGCCAGUCUUACGUGCAAUACGAUCAUGUAUGACGAAUUGAUCGAAGCGAGUGGCGUGGACUUUGGUGUGAACGAUCUUCGAAUCGGUAGCGAGGAUGUUGAUCCUAGUGAGACAUACGUCGAUUACCUCAAUCGACCGGAAGUUCGGCAGAAGAUUGGUGCUCGUCAAGAGUUUGAAGAGUGCAAUUUGGAAACCUUUUACAAGUUUGGCGAUACGGGAGAUGAUGCGCGCUCGUUCUCAAAUGCACUAGCAGAUGCCAUAAAUCGCAACGUUACUACACUCAUCUGGGUGGGUGAUGCUGACUGGUCUUGCAGCUGGCCAGGCGUUCUUGAAGCCGUGAGCGCCCUUAAUUGGCAUGGACGUGAGGAAUUCGCGUCUGCUGAGUCGAAGAACUUUACGGUUGACAGCAAAUUUCAUGGGACAUUCAAGUCGGUUGAUAACUUCAGCUGGCUCAAAGUAAAUAAUGCUGGGCAUUAUGUUUCGUAUUACCAACCUAAGCUUGCGCUUCAGCUGUUCAAGCAGACGAUGCAGCGACAGGGUAUAUCUUCAACGUAA